AUGUUCCUCCGCGCGGUAGGGCUGCUGUCCCUUACGUUGCUUCACCUAGUAAACAGCAUCAGUUUCUCGAGCCCACCACCGACACCAACACCCACGUUGCCCAACAGAUCGCGCCAAGAUGCCCCGCAGCCAACGCCGAGCGCAGAUCUACAACAUUGGGGGAUAAUGCGACGGGAUGAUGACUUGUUUAUUUCGUCGCAUCGGUGGCCUGAUUCUUUGUGUGGAUGGCAAAAUACUAGUGUAGUGACUGAAUCCCAAGUCAAGUGUUCGACUUCCAGCACCUGCGUGUACUAUGCCUCUAACACCAUCUGGCCGGGCAUAGUGAAUUGUUGCCCAGGCUUGGAUUGUGUCCCCUGGACGACCUGCUAUGGUGCCGAUGAGAUAUCCAAAUUGCCAGACCUGACUAAAACCUCAGGUGGCUUCGCCCUCCUUUGCACGAGGCUUCACAAUGAAGUCUGCGUGACCUGGAACUACCCGGAUCUCGACGCCAGGCAUUAUGGAUGUAGAACAACCAGCAACAGUUGGGACGUCUUCAAUUUCGCGCUCGAGUUCACCGACACUGUCACAGUUCGAUACGAUCAUAGCCUGAUUACGGCCGAUGAUAACAUGGUGAGCAGCUAUGCUGCUAGCUUCUCCUCCUUCUCCAUCUCUCAGACUGGAGACAGCGGCUUGACUACCAGCAGCGAGUCAUUUGAUGCGACGCAGAUAUCCAAACCAAGCUCCUCAUCCUCGGACAGGUCAACCUCGACCACCCCAACCGGCGCAAUUGUUGGUGGCGUUAUUGGCGGCGUAGCCGGAGGGGCGGUGAUCGCUCUUGCAGGCGUCUUUCUCUAUUUAAGAAGGAAGAAGGGGAAGGAUCAAACUAAGGCUGGUGUUAGCUCCGAAUACAGUGGAGGACCCUCCCAAAGUUUGCCAGGGAACCGACCGAUUUAUUUGAGUGCGGGAAUGCAAAAGCCUUCAGAAAUAGAUUCUCGCGAAUCGCCGUAUCAGAUCUCCGAAGUCUGGGGCACCGCGCCUGCUGACAGGGCACACGAGAUGCAAGGUGAUACAAAUCCCAUGCUAGAAGCCGACUCUAAGCACGUUCUCCACUCGAAGGAUAUUGCAGCCGAGCUGCCGGCCGAGUCCAGGCGUGUCGCGGGGCCGUGA